ACGUUAAAUUUUAUUACUGUGUACAUCUAGGAUGCACUGCGUAUUGAUUUUAUACUGACAUAAAUCCUAUGUUUAUUUCCAUCUUUGAUGGUUUGGAUGAAAUAAACGCAAGAGAAGUCAAACCAUGAUCCUCCAGACCACACACGAUAUCACAGGGCGCUGUUUCAUCACGAGCAGAGACUCCAUAAGAAGUUCCUAUCAUUGCCAGGCAGUCAAACAUGCCACCCAAGAAAACAACACGAAGCAGUGCCAAAUCAAAUAAACAAACUGAUGUGGACGCCCAACAGAUCGUGAAUGAGGAUUCAGAUGAUGCUGCACCAUAUCAACCUGGCAAAAGAAAAAGACCAACAGCAGUUAAAACAAAGGUGGAGAAAAAUGACAAAGAUAAAACAUGCAAAGCCUCUUAUUGUCACUGGUUGAUGAAAUCUGAACCUGAGAGUCGGAUUGAAAAUGGAGUGGACAUGAAGUUUGGAAUUGAGGACCUGAUAGCCCUUCCCAAUCAAACAGGUUGUUGGGAUGGGGUGAGAAAUUAUCAGGCACGAAACUUCAUGAGAGACAUGAAGGUGGGCCAGCAGUCUUUCUUUUACCAUAGCAAUUGCAAAGAGCCAGGCAUCGCUGGUCUCAUGAAGAUUGUAAAGGAGGCUUACGUGGACCAUACACAGUUUGAUAAGAAAGAUGCACAUUACGACCCAUCCAGCAAACCGGACAACCCUAAAUGGAGUAUGGUGGAUGUUCAGUUUGAAAGGAUGGCCAAGCGUUUCAUCCCUCUCUCUGAGUUAAAGAAAUAUCACUUGCAGCACAAGGCUAAGGGUGGUCCAUUGAAGGAUAUGGCACUAUUCACCAGGGCUAGACUUUCAGUUCAGCCCCUCACUACAGAGGAGUUCGACUUUGUCCUGGGUUUAGAGAAAACAGAGCCUAUAUGAAGAUCACCAAUGGAAAACUGUGCAUUGGUGCUCAGUGAAAUUUCCCGUCCUGUUAUGAUUUUCUCUAAAGAUUUUAUAUUAAGAGAUUUCUUUGUUUAUUCUAUACUGAUGUAACCUCUUAAACUAAAAAAAUAUAUAAAAGUAAUACA